AUGGUAUCCGAAUCAAACAUAAUCGCCACCAUCACCAUCCUAACCCUCCUCCUCGUCAUAAUCGCCGCCCGUGUCUAUCUAAAACUCUCCAAGACCUUUUACCUCCUCGCCGGCGUCGACGUCUCCUUGAUCCUCGCCGUGUUCUGCUUCCUCGCGAUCCGGAAACCGUUACAACAGAGAGAAGAAGCUCCUCGAAUCAAGAUACAUCUCCGAGGAAGAGAGCUCAGGAUCGAGUACAGCUUCCUCCGGAAAGUCGCCGGAGUCCCGACGAAGUUCAAGCUCGACGAUCUCGAAGAAGCCACCGACGGGUUCCGGAUCCAGAUCGGGAAAGGCGGGUCGGGUUCGGUGUUCAAAGGUGUUUUAAAAGACGGAAGCCAAGUGGCCGUGAAGAGGAUCGAAGGAGAAGAGAAAGGAGAAAGAGAGUUUAGGUCAGAGGUAGCCGCUAUAGCUUCCGUGCAGCACAAGAAUCUAGUUCGGCUUUACGGUUAUUCGUCUGUUAACCGUUACAGGUUCCUCGUCUACGAGUAUAUACCGAACUCGUCUCUCGACGUGUGGAUCUUCCCGGGCAGAGGAGGAAGCAGAAGACUCGGAGGAUGCUUGACUUGGGACCAAAGGUACCAAGUUGCGAUAGAUAUCUUGCAUCUCGACGUUAAGCCGGAAAACAUUCUCCUCGACGAGGAUUAUAGAGCGGUGGUGACGGACUUCGGACUGUCCAAGCUGGUCGCUAGAGAUGAGAGCCGAGUUGUGACGGAGAUACGCGGCACGUGCGGGUAUCUAGCGCCGGAGUGGCUUCUGGAACACGGUAUCUCCGAGAAGUCUGAUGUUUAUAGUUACGGGAUCGUGUUGCUAGAGAUGAUCGGAGGGAGGAGAAGUAUAUCGAGGGUAGAGAACAAGAACAAGAAGAACGGGAAGAAGAAGAAGAAGUUGGAGUAUUUUCCGAGGAUUGUGAUGGAGAAGAUGAGAGAGAGGAGAGUGAUGGAGAUCGUGGAUCAACGGUUGAUAGAAGCCAAGGAGGUUAAUGAUGAAGGGCAAGUGAUGAAGUUGGUAUAUGUGGCGCUUUGGUGUAUACAGGAGAAGGCUAAGAAUAGGCCUGAUAUGGCUAUGGUGAUUGAGAUGCUUGAAGGGAGAGUUCAUGUGAAUGAGCCGCCUGAUUCCAAACUUGUUGUGGUCGAUCUUUUGGCGGCAGCUGGUGGUGAUGAUGAUGAUGAUGUUGAUGUAACUACAGGUGUGAGAAGGGUUGUGGAGAUACCAAGAUUGCAUAUUCAGAGGGAGAGGCAUUUUCGUUUUCCGUCUGUUUGCUCUAGUCUCGUAUCUCCAGUUUCUCCACGUUAG